AUGCCUAUCUCACCACUAUGGGCUCUUAUGCCCCGCGGCGACCACUCCUCAUCGCCAGAGACCGAUCAGUCUUCGUCUUCAGGCACCACGGGAAAUGUGUAUCCCUCAGAUUCAUUUGCAGAUGACCUAUUUCGCGAUAAGUUCAUGGGCAUCGCCAAGGGAGGCUCCAAUGGGGAGAAAAUCAUGCGUGGCUUUCUGAUCGGUCUCGCCAUUGGCCUGGUUGUCGCAUGCUUCGUUUGCUGUUGGUACCCAUGCUGUCGACCACGACUCCAAAAUCAACGUCGAAGACAACGAAGGCGCCGAGGCCCCCCCGCAGCAGACGAAGAAGAAAAUGCAACAAGGAGCCUUGGGAAGCGCGACGAUAGCUACGCAAAGCCAGGGCAUAUUUGCAAUCGAGGGGAGAAGAGGGGACCGAACCUACUUACAUCAUUAAAGACAACCAAUACAGUUGGCAAGAUGCUUGACGAAAACCUCCCGACAUAUCGCUUCAAGACCUCUUCAGAGAAUCCACUCAAUAAUAUUCUCUACUUCACACACAAUGGAUCAGAUCCUACGCCCGAGUACCUCAUCAAGCGACCGGCGCCUUCCGAAGCCAAUGGCCAAUAUGCGCUCGGCAUAUUCGACUCUCAGAACACAUCUGUGAUAUAUGCAGAGGUCGAUGUCAAGCCUGACUGGGUAGCGCCCACUCUCUCUGCCGCCGAAAUCCGCGCGCAAAACGGAAACCCGCCGCCCAAGACACCUAUCAUCCCAGAUAAUUUUGCGGUUUCGCUGUACAACCCCGAUCAGGCUAUACCCGUCAAGCAACAACCGGGAAGUUGGGGAAAGACGGGCGCUUGGGAGUUUGAGCUUCCCGAGAGAUCCUUUAAGCUACCCAGUGCUAGCCAGAUUGACCAGGAAGAUCGUCCAUCUCUGGCCGAGUUGGUUCCCAAGGUUGUGUUUCGCUGGAAACGUGAUGGUCGUCUGAGCAAGGACAUGACAUGCUAUAUGACAGGACGAAAUGUGGGUGGAAAAAAGAGCAAGGAACCCGAUAUUACGGUAGCAUUUUUCCGCGCCAAGCAUGACUCGACUUUGACCAUCUAUGAACCCAACAUGGCCCGCGUUGAGAUCGAGGAUAGAAGGGGUCUUGAGAUUGCUCUUCUUAUGAGCGCGGAGACCAUCAAGGACCUAUAUCUGAACCCUAGUCAGGAUCCUUUCCACCUCCAAACCUCAUCUAAUGGCCGGCGUCGCCAGAACUCUCGCCCAGCAGCAAGUUCCUCGGCAGGCCCAACAAUGGCGGGUGCUCUCAAUAACAACCGUCCAUCGUCACCUCCUCGUGCACAAGCAUCCCCACAACAGUCAAGCAACCAAGCCCAGCGAGAAGCUGAGGUCGAGGCGGAAACACGACGCCUACAAGCAAUGGUCGCAGAGGAAGAACGCAAAAGACUUGAGCGUGAAGCGCAAGAGGAGGAUGAACGCAAGAGAAUCCAGAAGAUGCUUGAGACUGAGGAGCAAGAGCGUCGGAAGAGAGAUGCUGAGGUUGAACAAGAAACAGAAAGGCUCCGUCGAGAAUACGGCAUGGCUGGGCAAGACUUCCAGAGUCCCACGAGCCCGGGUCACCCAUCACCACCCUUACCUCCCAGACCGCAGUUUGCGUCAGGCGCAUUGAACCCACCAAACAACCUGCCCCAAAGACCCAACAGUGUUGGACCAACACCGUAUGGCGCUCCUCAGCCAAACUUUGCUCCUCCUCCUUCGCAAGCUCAGCCAGGCCCCAGUGAGAAUGGAAAGAAACGUCAUGGUUUGGGUGGUCUACUGCAGGGUCCCUAUGCUGGACCGGCGGCAGCAAGUGUCAGUGGCUUCUUCAGCAGUCGAAAGGACGAAGAGAAGCGGAAGAAGGUUCAGAAGAAGCGAAGCGUACACUUUUGA